AUGAGGCUCCUCCACCCCCCCAGCCUCAUUUCUCCCCCUCCGAUUCCCUCCUCCAGACCCCCAGCAGCAACGCAGCCCCGGCAGCCCGGAGCACCCACCACGAGUCGCCCAACGGCAGUGCUUGCACCCAGCUCCGAGCCAGAAAGGCCCCGACGCCUCUUCCCAGGCUCCGUCUUCUACAAAUCCCCCGCGACGCCUUCCAGCCCCAGCUGCUCACUGUGGGUUCAGGUGGAGCCGCUGACCUCGGUCACAUCUGCGAGGACAAAGGUGGCCAUGGAGAGGUAA